AUGCGGCAGUUUAGACAUUUUGCCUUUGGCCUAGCUGGCCUGGGUAUCGCAGCCAUGGCUUCUGCUGCUGAUGAGGCUGCUGUAUCGGAUGUGCAUGCCCUCAACGGGUCCACAUUCAAGGACUUUAUCAAAGAGCAUGAGUUAGUCCUGGCGGAGUUUUAUGCCCCGUGGUGUGGCCACUGCAAGGCUCUUGCCCCCGAAUAUGAAACUGCCGCUACCCAACUCAAGGAGAAGAAAAUUCCUCUUGUCAAGGUUGACUGCACCGAGGAGGUUGAGCUCUGUCAAGAGUACGGCGUGGAAGGUUACCCCACGCUGAAGGUAUUCCGUGGAUUGGAACAGGUUAAACCGUACUCUGGACCUCGCAAGUCCGCAUCCAUCACGUCAUAUAUGGUCAAACAGUCCCUUCCAGCAGUCACCGUCGUAACCGUCGAUAACUUAGAGGAUGUGAAGACUCUGGACAAGGUUACAAUUAUCGGAUUCUUCGCCCAGGACGACAAGGCCACGAACGAAACCUUCACCUCUCUGGCUGAGGCCUUUCGUGACGAAUUCCUCUUUGGUGCCACAGAUGAUGCCAAGUUGGCCGCUGCUGAAGACGUUAAGCAACCAUCGAUUGUCAUGUACAAGGACUUCGACGAGGGCAAAGCUGUUUAUAGUGGCGAACUUACUCAAGAACAGAUCACCAGCUUCAUUAAGCUUUCCAGCACGCCUCUUAUUGGCGAGCUUGGACCACAUACCUAUGCUCGCUAUAUCCAGGCUGGCAUUCCACUUGCCUACAUCUUCGCUGAAACCCCCGAGGAGCGUGAGGAAUUCAGCAAGAUGUUGAAACCCAUCGCGGAAAAGCAGAGGGGUUCCAUCAACAUUGCCACCAUUGACGCUAAAACUUUCGGAGCUCAUGCCGGAAACUUGAACCUUAAAGUCGACAAAUUCCCAGCCUUCGCCAUCCAGGACCCCGUAAACAACAAGAAAUACCCCUUCGACCAGGAGCUGAAGAUCACCCAUGACAUUAUCGCCACGUUCGUCCAGGAUGUCCUGGAUGGCAAGGUUGAGCCUAGCAUCAAGUCCGAGCCUAUUCCCGAGAAGCAGGAGGGCCCAGUCACAGUUGUCGUUGCCCACAGCUAUCAGGAACUCGUCAUUGACAACGACAAGGACGUUCUCCUGGAGUUCUACGCCCCAUGGUGUGGCCACUGCAAAGCCCUCGCACCUAAAUACGAGCAACUUGCCCAACUCUACGCCGACAACCCCGAGUUCGCCGCCAAGGUCACCAUCGCCAAGAUCGAUGCCACCGCCAACGAUGUCCCAGAAGAGAUCCAGGGUUUCCCAACCGUCAAGCUCUUCGCCGCCGGCUCCAAGGACAAGCCAUUCGACUACCAGGGUUCGCGAACCAUCCAAGGUCUCGCUGAAUUUGUCCGGGACAAUGGCAAGCAUAAGGUCGACGCCUAUGAUGAGUCGAAGGUCACGGAGGAUGAUGAUGUCACUGAAACCCCUGCCUCUCCCAGCUCUUCAUCCACCAAAGCUGCAGAUGAGAAGAAGGAGACCAAGACUACAUCCUCAGCAGCUCCAAAGGACACUGCUGCUGAAGGUGCUCGUCAUGAGGAGCUGUAA